CAUUAUUUCAGUCACUUCCUGCUUUGGAAGCUGUCUAGCUGACCCUCCACUGGGAAGUUGGAAUCGUUCCUACAACUUUAAUUAGAGCAGAGAGAGAAAGAGAUGGAUUAUACUUUGGAGGACACACAGCGCAAGGAGAAACUCCUGAGAACUGUUUACACCCUCCAAGUUAAAUCCGAUUCCACAUUUCAAAAGGCCAGCCCACUCCUGAGCAAUCACCGUGGCAUGGGGAUGGUGACGGAGCAUCAGGUUCAAGAACUGGCUGAGAAAGCCAAAGUCAUUUGCCAUGACUUGGACAAUAUCAGAAACCACCUCUUCUAUCGGCAGAAUGACCUAGUACAGCAGAUCCCAAACCCCAACGGUAGCUGUUACAGUGGUGUAAGUGGAAUCCAUUGUACACUGGAUGGAUCUGUUUAUGUGACUUGUGAGAGUGCCCCAAGGGUCCAUGUCUUCAAUCACUCAGGCCAAGUGGUUCAGUGUCUACCUUGUGUGGAAUCAAAGAAGAAGGAGACCUUUUUGCCAGAGGAUGUGACCCUCACCAGAGCAGGGAUGGUGGCUGUAACCGACAUGGUGAACAAAACCAUCCGCGUUUUCAACCAUCACUCAAAGUUUUCUAAGGGUGAAUGGGUAAAAAUUGGCCAGUUCUGUUCCCCCCGGGGAAUUGGAGUGGACACUUCUGGCAAGUUACUGGUGGCGGACUACACAGAAGGCAAAGUUCAUAGCUUUGCUUUGGACCACGCAUUCAAGGUGCAGAGCCCUCACUCUGUAUCUGACCUGUGUGGGCCGCGUUAUGUGUGCGCCGCACCAGAAGGAGGGUUUGUUGUGAGUGAAGAGUGUGGUGAUGUCAAACUGUUCAAUAACAGUCACAAACUUCUCUUUUCCAUCUGCCACAAAUUCAGCCAUAGUUUUGGCAACCCUGCUGGGGUAUGUGCUGACAGAGAGGGCAACAUCAUUGUGGCUGAUGAACAGCACCGGAAAAUCCACUUGUUUCCCCGAAAUGGUUCCCCUAUUUGCUUGGUUUCAAAAGGUCUUCAGAGACCGACUGGAAUAGCUUGUUCCACUCAGGGGUUGUUAUAUGUUGCCGACUCUGGAGAUGAUAAUAUCAAAGUCUUCAAGUAUCGGGUGAGACCCCCUUUCAAUGCAGACCUUCUUUCUGCGUCCAGUGAGAGUCCAAAUCUAACUCCCAGAAGGAGGGUAGAGUAGGAGUCUCCAUCCUUCCAUAUCCUUUAAAUAGUUUACCAUGUGACCUCACCUGAGGGGGCAUUCUUUUGUCACAUAUAUUGUACUGGUGGAGAAAUGUGCUUGCCAUAGAUGACUAACUCGAGAAAGAAAGAAAGAAAGAAAGAAAGAAAGAAAGAAAGAAAGAAAGAAAGAAAGAAAGAAAGAAAGAAAACCAGCACCCCUCCCCAAAUAACACGGGAAGUCAAAAGAGAGCUGAACCACUAACAGGAGCUGAGUAGAGAAUUUAUUGAACAGAAUUUUUAAAAAUCUCAACAUGGUUUGGCAAUAUGUUUUUUCCCCCAGGCAACAUGUUAAUGUAUUUCCCUAUUCUGAGAGCAGGGUUCUCUCAGAGUGCAUCUGAGGGCCAAGCUACAAGUGACGAAUUACACUUGAAUGGCAAGUGAACACUCACGUGUAUUCCUCCCGUUCACUUGCGCUCCACUACGUGACUAAGAGCGGGACCACAAGUGACGCCUGACACAGGUUGGACACUUGCCAGCUUCCCUCAAGUUUUGAUGGGAAAUGUAGGCAGCUUGGCGGAAUGUUGGACAAGUGACAGUUGAAAAGUCCAUUGGACAGCCGUCGGAGAGCCAAACUGCAAGACCAGGAUGCCUACAUUUCCCAUCAAAACUUGAGGGACGCUGACAAGUGUCCAACCUGUGUCAGGCAUCACUUGUGGUCCCGCUCUGAGUGGAGCGCAAGUGGAGUGCAAGUGAACAGGGAGGAAUACAUGUGUGUCUGUUCACUUGCCAUUCAAGUGUCAUUCGUCACUUGUAGCUUGGCUCUUAUAUGUGUUCUCUUACUGAAGCUGAAAAUGAGGCCUGGUUCAUACAUGCAGGAGAAUAAGGUAGCAGGGACCCAAAGUGGUAGAAUAGCCUACAACAGUUAACUCACAGGGACUAUCUCUCAAUAAAUGUGUGUUGAAUUUGGGUUUCAUUUUUGUGGGUCUUUGUGCAAAGGAAGACAUGUUGUCUCCUACCAAUAUAUUAUUACAGAGAAUAUUUAAUCUUACUUUGUAUAUAUUUGAUGAAUAAAAAGUAAGUGAAUGUGUUUCUUCUAUCACUGACACUGAGAAUUAGACCUCAUUUAAGUUGUUACCUUAUCCCAACUAAGACAAUAUCAGUGUGUUCAAAAGAUCAAAAUAAUAAAAGAGUAUAAUGAACCCUA